AAAUAUAUAUAUAUAUAUAAUAAAAUUUCCUCCUUGACCUAAAAGUGGUCAGAUGCGGAAGGGUGUCACACGCUUAUAUUAUUAUCUGCAAAGCUUAUGCGCAUUACUAUAUGUAUGUAUGUAGUAUGCCAAGUUGAAAAUAUUGCAUAAAUGAUAAGUGCCAAGUGGCUGAGAGUGAAAUUUCGUGAUAUGUAGGUGCAAAGGUUCAACAUAAACGCGUUGGCCCCCUGCAAAAAGUGUAGCUUUCAAUUUUCAAAUUUAACCAGACACAUGCUGCGACUAACGGUCCCUUGCAUUACGUCCAAACACAAUCACACAAUUAAACCGUACAACGUGAUUCGACGGCAGAUUCAGAAAAUAUCCAAUGUUUAGUCUGAUUUAUCCGGUCGAAGUGUACAGCAAACAAUAAGGCGACAGCGAUCGUAACGGGCGAGCGUAUAGCGCUAACACUCGAGCCGAACCGAAACGUAACCGAGCCCAAAUUGAAAUAAAUUAUAUACAAAAUAUUGCUACAGAGGUUUUGAAAACAAAAAAACACAACUUUUUUUAUAAUUUAAGUAAUAUUUCAAAAACUGUUUUCGCUCUGCAAUCCGCUAAUUGCUAUAAAAAUCAUGAAUGUAAAAGUAUUGUUGAUUUGCUUUGGGGUGCUAAUAUUAAGCUGUCAAGUGUGCGACGGUCGACGUGGACGUGGUCGAGGACGCACCAAAUCGCGAGUACAAAUCGGUUUACCCAUAACAGGCAAAUAUCGUGAUCCAGAGUCGGAUCAGUAUUACAACAACAAUAAUGGCGCUAAAAUUCUGCAAGCCUCGCAUUUCGAUUAUGAAUACGUUUUGGGUCAUAAAAUUGCUUUUCUUUGUGUGGCUAAAGGUAAUCCACGUCCACACAUAACCUGGUACAAAGAUGGCACAGAGAUUUUUCAACAUCUCUACAUGCAUGUACAUGAGUGGCGCAUUGGAGAUGACAGAGUAAAAUCGAAAAUCGAAAUUGAUCCCGCCACACAAAUGGACGCCGGUCUUUAUGAAUGUACUGCUGAUAAUAUGUACUCAAUCGAUCGGCGUAGUUUCAAAACAGAUUUCUCUAUUGCUUUCGAUUAAUUUAAUAGUGUUUGCAUUUUUAUAAUACUAUCAUAACUUUUUCAUACUAAAAAUAGCUGUACUGAAUUGUUAUAGGCCGUUAAUACAAUUUUACAAAUAAAAUUUAGUGUUAAAAUUAUA